AUGUAUAUAUUCCCAAUCUCAUAUUAGUCGACUGUAAAAGAAGUCAUUCUCUCAAUGUUGGCAAGUCCCAUAUGGCAAAAUCAAUAUAAUUCCUUUGUUGAUGAAUAUUGCAUCUAUUUCGACGACGAUGAAGAAAACUCAAUUCAACAAAAUAAUUUCUUCAAGCAAUUUCAAACUGAAAUGGCAGCUGUCUAUGACUCCUUCUUCAGCUCUCUAGGCUUAGACAAUUCCGAUGAAUUGCAAAUCAAAGUUAUCAAAGAAAUACUUAAUAGUGAUGAAGAAGAAGAAAUUGAUGUCUAAUAAUUGCUAGCCUUGGGAGACUUUCAAGUUUUCAAAGCAGAAAUGUCCUAUUAAAAUAAACGAAGAGAAAUAGCAGCCUAUCAAUAAUUAGUUGAUGAUGCUGAAGAUGAAGAAGAUGAUGAAGACGAAUAAGAAGAAGAUCCUCAAGCAGAAUAGGCCUAAAAAAUGCUCAUUUUAAAAAUCAAAUUGGAAUAUGAAUAACUUCAAGACUCACUUGAAUUAAAAUAAGCUAUGCAAAUCUCUUUUGAUAAUCCAAAUUAAUAGAAACUAGAUUAAAUUUAAUAAAUGCUCGAAGUAGUUUAAGCUAGGUUAUAAAUUCUCGAAAAAGAAGAAGAAGGAAUGCAAUAAAAACAAUAAAUGCCCUAAAAUAAUGAUAGAAAAAAUAAAUUACUUGCUUAACUUAACAAUCUUCCUCUAAUUGAUUUGGAUAAAGAGCAAGAAAUAUUUACAAAAAUCAAAGUAGAUGCUAGUAGAAUCUGAAAAUCGACUCUAUUAUCAUGAUUUAUCAUAAUUAUAGAAUUUGCAUAUUUUCUAUUA